AUGGCGGGAGGAAAUGCGUCCAGAAAGAUCGAGAGGAAGGGUAUCCAUGAUACAGACCGGAACCUGUCUUUUGGUUUCACCCGUCUCCCCCAGCUACGACCUAGUGUGCUGUAUAUCUUUGGAGAGCGAUCCAAGAUCUCCACACCACCGCUCCGCCGGGAGAUGUUGGAAAUGACCGGAUCCGGUGUUAGAGGCAGUGGAGGGACGCAUCGAGAAAGGGUCAAGGAGGUUGUACUCCCCACAGGACAUUUAGUUCCCAUGGAGAAUGCACUGGAGUGUGCUCGUGUAAGUGCUUCUUUGUCCCAUUCCGAGGUGUCUAGAUGGGAGACCGACCAGCAGUAA